AUGGAGGAUUUCUAUGUGUAAUUUAAGGAGUUUUACGAUAAAGUUAAAGACAUCACAAAUGUUAGAUUUGCCUACAUGAAAGAAUUAUAUAAUCUUGGAUUAGAAUAAUUCCCUGACAACUUAGAGAUUUUAAACUUUCAAAAGAAUAACUAGGUUAGCAUUCAGUCAGGAAACACAAAAUUAAAAAAGAACUGGUCUGAUGAUGAUAAAAGAAUCUUAAUAUGGAUUAUUGGAAAGUACAUGGUCUACCACAAAAGAGAUUUCAAACAAAUAGUAAAGUUUUCAACUAUUAAUUUCUUUAGUGUGAAGAUGAUUGGUAGACUAUAUCAUCAAUGAUGUUGAGAAGAGACUCUUUCUAAUGUAAGCAAAAGUGGCUAUAGAUGUUGAAAUUACCUCUUUAAUAAGCCCCUUGGGGACAAAACGAAGAUGAAGCUUUAGUUAGAAUAAUAAGUGAGUUUUAGGCUCAGAACAAAGGAAAUAAAUGGAGUCAAAUUGCAACUGAACUCAAUAAAACUACAGGUUUAAAUGUUCAUAGAAAUGGAAAAUAAUGUAGAGAGAGAUGGAAUAAUCACUUAAAUCCAUCAAUUAAUAGGUAAUUAUUUCAAGAUAUAUAAGAAAUCCUUGGUAAUAAUUAGAAGAUUUGGAACUCAUGAGAUUGGCCAUUUAAAAUGGAAAAAAGUGGGCAUUAAUUUCUAAAAAAUUGAAAUAAUAGCGGAGUGAAAACAAUGUAAAAAAUAGAUUUAAUUGUUUAAUGAGAAAAGAAAAAAGUGGAAAAAAUAUCCCUUAAUCUUAAGAUGAAAGUGAUAAUGAUAAUUAGGAAUCUUAUGUAUCAGAUCCAUCAGCUGAAGAGUUAAGUCCAGAAGAAAUUAAAUAAAUUUAAGCUAUAAUCAAAAAGAUAGAAUGGAGAAUGAAAUAAGAUGGAUCUUCUUAUGAUAUUAAAUAAGAACAUUAAGAUUAAGUAUCUAAAAAGGUUUAAUUGGAUAGAAGAGCUAUAAAAAAUAAAUAAUAAUAAGAAGAGAAUCCAAUCAACAAUAAAAUCUAAAAUGUCAACAAUUUCAAUAAUAUCAACAUUAAUAUUGAAAACUUUACUCCUUCUAAUUUAAACUAACAUAAAAAUAAUAAUACUAAUCAUAUUUAAUUAUAAGUUAUGGAAUAUAAUUAAAAUGAUGAUUAGAGUUAAUUAUCUUUCUGUUUAGUUAACAAAGAAAAAGGGUUUAUAUACUUUUUAAAUUAAGAAUAAUACAAUAAUUAUGUUAAAUCUUAAAAUCAGAUAAAUAAUAAUCCAUUAAUUAACUUAUCUAGUUUUUUAGGUGCUCAACCUCCAGUUAGUAAUCUAAAUUUUUCAAAUAAUAUUGCUCUGAAUACAAAUAUUGAACUUGGUUAAUAAUAAAAUUAAUAAAAUAAUAAUUUAGAUUGCUUUUCUGAACAUUAAAGUUUGAACUCUUAUUAUUAUUAAUGUUUGGCUAUGAAUAAUUAAAUGAAUUUUAAUUAGCUUCCACAAACUAGAUCAUAUUUGAAUUUACCAACUCAUUUAAAUAAUAAUUUUACUUCCAAUCCAUAAUAUCAUUCAGGUUACAAUUAUCAUGUGACUUGCUAUCAAUAGUAAUAAUAACAAUAACCAUAACAGAUGAUGUAUUAAUCAUAAACUAGUGACAAAUUAGAUCUUUGA